CACCACUUGGUUUUUUAGAUGAGACCAAUAAGCAAAGGGGGCUUAAAAAAUCAAGUGAAGGUUUAUAGGGCAAAGAAAGAGAAAAAGCCAAAGUCUAAGGAGGUCUUCAGAGAAGGUCUCAUUCAACUCCAAGCCCCACUCCAACACACCCAAUUUUCUACCCGGCUGGGUUUUGAACUCGAAAUCGAAAAUACAUGGCAGGUUGUUCGAUGGUUGCAAAUGGGUCUGUUAUAGAUUGUGGCCAAAGAACCUCAAAACAAAAGAAUCUCGAGGCAAAAGGACUGGGGGUGGCUUUUGAACCGUCUUUGGAAGAAUCUAAACUCCAAUGCAAUUUCGACCAAUUUCUUCGCAUUUUUCUUAGAGAGAUCUAUGCCCAAAAUAGCUUUCAGCCUCUCCCUCCAAUGCUUAAAGAUGGACAAACUGUUGAUUUGUUUAAACUCUUUUUGGUUGUGAGAGACAAAGGUGGAGUUGAUAAAGUUUCGAAGAAUGGAUUGUGGGAUUUAGUAGCUAAAGAGACGGGGUUGGGUUUGAGUGCUUCAGUGUCUGUAAAAUUAGUUUAUGCCAAGUAUUUGGAUGCUUUAGAGAGAUGGUUAGAUAGAGUUGCUGAUGAUAAAAAAGACUCAAAGGGUAAUUCAAUUGAUACUGGCUCAAGUUUGAGUGGGUAUUUGAUGGAGUUAGGAGGAGAGCUUAAAAGGUUUUUGUCGGACUCAAAGAAAACAGAUGAGGUGUUUCCACGUUUGGAAGAACUAGAUUCUGAAAAUGUGGAUGUGUGUAGAAAUGAUGAUAGUAUGGGGGUGGAGUCUAAGGGACUUGAAAAAUGUGUUAAUGAUGAGCAAACUAAGCACAUUAGUCCAGUUAAGAGAUAUGUAGAUACUGUAGAAGUUGUGAAGUUUUGUGAUUUGAAGAACACGAAUAUUGAUUUAGAAGGGGACAAGAAUAGCUUUGAUUUUGGGGAUUCAUGUCUGGAUGAUGCAGACACAGCAAAAUGUGUCCUGGAUUUAUCGGAUUCAGGAGAACGGUGUAAUGAUGAGGAGGUUAGGAGUGUGAUAGUGGGGGAAUCAGAUGGAGGUAAGAACUGUGCUGAUAGUGAUAAAGAUGGAAUUGUGAUGCUGGAUUCGAAAUUUGUUGAGGAAAAGGAAGAGAGUUCUAGUCGUGUCGAGAAAAAAGAAGAGAGGUCUAGUUGUAAAAGGAAACAUGGGUCUACAUGGAAAAUGCUGAGCUGGAUUACUGGGAUUGCCAAGAAUCCAUGCGAUUCUAUGGUUGGUUCAUUACCUGAUAAGUCAAAAUGGAAGUCCUAUGGAAAUGGCGAGUUGUGGAAGCAAGUUUUAUCUUAUCGAGAGGCAGUUUUCUUUAAAAGACAUGUUGAUUCAAGUGCUGAACAAUCUACUGGUCAGAAUAAUCAGAAGAUGCACCCUUGCUUGUAUGAUGAUCAAGCUGGAACAAGUUACAAUCUUAGAGAAAGGUUAAGCUGCAGAAUGAAACAUCUUUUGGGAAAAACAUCUCAAGCACAGUCACUCUUCACAGGUGGUCGAGAUGGCUCAAGCAAGGGAGGGGUGGAAAAUUGUGCUGACAAAGAAUUUCUUCAGUGCACUGAUUCCUCAACAACUCUUUCAGUGUUUGACUAUGACAUUGAGAAACCAAUUCCUAUAGGACCAGGUUUUCAAGCUGAAGUUCCAGAAUGGACUGGUGUGCCUUCUGAAAGUGACGUAAAGUGGUUGGGGACCCGGGAUUGGCCACUGGAAAAGGUAGAGCAUAGGUUUUUAAUUGAAAGGGAUCGAAUCGGAAAGGGAAGGCAAGAUUCUUGUGGUUGCCAGGUCCUAGAUUCUAUUGAGUGUGUAAGAUUUCAUAUUGCUGAGAAAAGGUACAGACUGAAACUUGAACUGUCUUCAGCAUUUUACAAAUGGAAAAUUGAUAAGAUGGGUGAGGAGGUUAUGCUUUCUUGGACCGAGCAAGAACAGAAGAAAUUCAAGAAUAUAGUAAGAUUAAAUCCUCCAUCUCUUGGUAGGUGUUUCUGGGACCAGAUACCCAAGUUUUUUCCAGCCAAAAGCAGAGAAGAACUUGUGAGCUACUACUUUAAUGUCUUCCUUCUGCAGCGCAGAGCUCUCCAAAAUAGGUCCAACUUGGAUGAAGUUGACAGUGAUGAUGAUUAUGAAUCAGACAGUUUUGUACGUGAAACGAUUAAGUCGCCAAGUUCCAUCUUUCAUUCCCCCAAUAAGAAGCAUAAAAAAUCCAGAUAGUACUCCAAAAGAUGAGGAGAUGAAGCCCUUGUUGAGAUAUGUAAAGUCUGUCCAUUUUUGUUUUUUGUUUUGUGAUCUUUUGGAUAGUUUUGGUAUUCCACUGAAAGAAAAUGAUUAAGAUUUGCCAGUUGAGUGAAUUUUUAAGACAGUUACUAAAGCUAGGGUGGUGGAGGGAGCAGCCAACUGUAAAUCUCAAGCAACUUCAUGGAUGUUGAAAGUCACAUUUGGUUAGUAGGAUCAGUUUUGAGAUGUACAUUCUCUGUGUUUUCCC